AUGGAACUACUGAAGCUACCAAGAGACAUAUGGGACAUAAUUGUUUUCAAACACAAUCUUUCAGCACAUGAUUUUAUGAACUUAGCUGAUGCAUCAGCUCUUUUCCAAUCUUUAGUCAAAGAAUAUGUUUGUGUUGUAUCUAAUGAUAUUAAUCACCCUUCAAAUGCACUGACAGCCAACUUGAUUGGGUUCAACAUGUCUGGGUUCAACGUUUCUAGAUUACCCAUAAGAUUUGAUUUUGAUGAUUGUAUGCUUGAUUCGACCAUUUCUUCAUCAAUGAUAAUUGUUUUCAAUUUUGUUUUGAAUAAAGAUUUUGAUAAUGAUCUAGAGUUUUAUUUAAAAUCUUUUGGGAUGAAAUGCAAUCAGCAUGAAAAAUAUUAUCAGUUCAAUUUUUUUUCCCUUCAAGAGAAAUCUACAACUAAUAAAGAUUUCAAAGUUUUGGAUACGAUUAAAGAAUGGAUCAACUGCAAACACUGUACAGUGUUCCUAGAGAAGUAUUUUUUAGGAUAUCAGGUUUAUGAAUUAGACAGAUCUAUAUUUGAGGUUGGAAAUAACGUUGUCAGUGAUGAUAAUGAUAAUUCACAAAUUGUUAAACAUAAAAAACCAAAACAGGAUUACAUUUGGCAGUCUAUUCAAAAGCUUUUUAUUCAAAGGCAAACAAUUGUAUUGGAUAAUCAUAGUUGCUCUUUUGACUUGAUCAACUUGAGACUUCAAAAUUUGACAUCAUUAACACUUUCAUCGUCCAAAUUUCAUUCUGAUAGCAGCAAAUCGAAUUUAGACAGUUCGGAAUAUAUUCCACCUUUUUGUCUGAAAGAUUGUGAAUUCCCUAAUUUGAUUUCAUUCACCACUUUAAAUGGUGCAAGAAUCCAAUCUAUAAUCAAUUGCAAGUUUAAUAAACUACAGUUAUUUGAUGUUCAUUGUUCAUUUUGGUUUAUCAUGAGGAGGGUACAGCUAAAAACCGUUCAAGAUUUUAAAUUGUCUUCUUCGAGUCGUUAUUCUUCCAAUUAUCCAAAGCCAAAGAAUAUAGACCCUCCAAAUGAACUUGCUGGUUGUGAAUUACAAUUGUCAAAGAAAUAUUCAAUAUCUUCCAAUUUGGUUAAAAAAAUAAUGUGCUAUUUGGAAGUGAGCGUCCACGACAUUUCACUUACUUUGAGCUCUCAAAUUUAG